AUGGAGCCCUUCCUCAGGAAGCGACUGGCCUUCCUGUCCUUCUUCUGGGACAAGAUCUGGCCGGCGGGCGCCCAGGACCACAGCACCCCCUGCUUCCCGGGCCCUGCCGCCCACAGCGAGCUGGAGAUCCCCGCCUCUGCCUUCUGCAGCGCCCCGGCGCCCGGGCAGCUCUUCAGGGCGGUGGACGACUUCACAGCUCGCUGUGCGGAUGAGCUGAGCGUCCGCCGCGGGGACAGGCUCUACGCCCUCAGGGAGGAGGACGACUGCAUCUUUGCCCGAAGGCUCUCUGGUCGGCCCAGCGUGGGGCUGGUGCCCAUCGCCUACGUGGCCAAGGCCGCCCCUGAGAUGCUCUCAGACCAGCCCUGGUACUUCAGUGGCAUCAGCCGCACCCAGGCCCAGCAGCUGCUCCUGUCCCCGGCCAACGCUCCAGGGGCCUUCCUCAUCCGGCCCAGUGAGAGCAGCCAGGGCGACUACUCGCUGUCGGUCCGGACCCAGGUCAAAGUCCGCCACUACCGCAUCUCCACGGCUGCGGACGGCAGCCUGUACCUGCAGAAGGGCCGCCGGUUCCCCAGCCUGGAGCAGCUGCUCACCUACUACCAGACCCACUGGAAGCCGCUCCAGAACCCGCUGCUGCAGCCCUGUGUGUCCCAGGAGCCCCCCACGCAGGACGCGUGGGAGCGGCCGCGCUCAGAGUUCACCCUGCAGAGGAAGCUGGGCGAGGGCUACUUUGGGGAAGUGUGGGAAGGCCUGUGGCUCAGCUCCGUCCCUGUGGCCAUCAAGGUCAUCAAGUCAGCCGACAUGAAGCUCACGGACCUUGCCCAGGAGAUCCAGGCGCUCAAGAGCCUGCGGCACCAGCGGCUCAUCCAGCUGCACGCCGUGUGCUCCGCCGGAGAGCCCGUGUACAUCGUCACCGAGCUCAUGCGCAAGGGCAACCUGCAGGCCUUCCUGGGCAGCCCCGAGGGCCGCGCCCUGAGCCCACCCGUGCUCUUGGGCUUUGCCUGCCAGGUGGCCGAGGGCAUGAGCUACCUGGAGGAGCGGCGCAUCGUGCACCGUGACCUGGCCGCCAGGAACGUGCUCGUGGGUGACGACCUGGCCUGCAAGGUGGCCGACUUCGGCCUGGCCCGGCUGCUCAAGGACGACGUCUACUCCCCGAGCAGCGGCUCCAAGAUCCCAGUCAAGUGGACGGCCCCCGAGGCCGCCAACUACCGCGUGUACUCCCAGAAGUCAGACGUCUGGUCCUUCGGGGUGCUGCUGUACGAGGUGUUCACCUACGGCCAGUGUCCCUACGAAGGUCUGAGCAACCGGGAGACGCUGCAGCGGAUCGCCAGGGGGUACCGGCUGCCGCGCCCCGCCGCCUGCCCCGCUGAGGCCUACGUGCUCAUGUUGGGGUGUUGGAAAGGCAGCCCCGAGGAGCGGCCAGCCUUCGCCGAGCUGCAGGAGAAGCUGGGCCUCAUGCACAGGCGCCUCCAGCCCGCCCUCACGUGA